AUGUUGUCGAUAUUGAGAAAGGCUCGGCUCAAGGACAAGGAGAUGAGGAUUCUGAUGCUAGGGUUGGACAAUGCCGGCAAGACGACGAUUGUGAAGAAGAUCAUGAACGAGGAUGUGAACAGCGUGAGUCCGACGCUCGGCUUCAUCAUCAAGACGAUCGACUACGAAGGAUACAAACUGAAUAUCUGGGACGUCGGAGGCCAGAAGACACUCCGAACAUACUGGAAGAACUACUUUGAGAAGACGGACACACUUAUCUGGGUUGUCGAUGCCACCGAUAGGGAGCGAGUAGAUGACUGCCGUCAAGAGUUGAAAGGCCUGCUGGUCCAGGAGCGUCUGAUGGGUGCUUCUCUCCUCGUCUUCAAGAACAAGAGCGAUGUUCCUGGCUGUAUGAGCGAGGACGAUAUUCGCAAGGGCCUGCAACUCGACAGCAUUCUCACACACAAAUGGCACAUCCUGCCGUGUUCGGCCAUGACGGGGCUCAACUUGCAGGAAGGCUUACAAUGGGUUGUGCAGGACGCCAAGGACAGACUGUUUCUCUACUGA